UGGGUAAAGGGAGUCAUGAUUCGCUGCAUGUUAAAUAUCUGGGGAGUCAUUCUGUACCUGAGGUUACCAUGGAUCACUGCCCAAGCUGGCAUAGGUUUAACCUGGCUCAUCAUUCUUCUUUCUGUUGCUGUCACAACCAUCACUGGGCUUUCUGUCUCAGCCAUCUCCACCAAUGGAAAAGUUAAAUCAGGUGGAACCUACUUUUUGAUCUCUCGAAGUUUGGGCCCAGAACUUGGUGGAUCCAUUGGCCUUAUCUUUGCCUUUGCCAAUGCUGUAGCAGUUGCCAUGCAUACAGUUGGCUUUGCUGAGACUGUUCGAGAUUUGAUGAUGGAAUACAACUGCACAAUAGUUGAUCCAGUCAAUGAUAUCCGGAUCAUCGGGGUGAUCACCGUCACUGUUUUGCUGGCCAUUUCUCUGGCAGGAAUGGAGUGGGAAGCCAAGGCUCAGAUUGUGUUUUUCCUUGUGAUCCUGGUAUCCCUGGUUAACUAUGCCAUCGGCACAGUCAUCCCAGCAACAGAAGAGAAACAGUCAAUGGGAUUCUUCAACUACAAAGCAAGUAUUUUUGCUGAAAACUUCAUCCCUCACUGGCAAGGAGAGAGUGGAUCCUUUUUUGGCAUGUUCUCCAUUUUCUUCCCAUCAGCCACUGGAAUUCUGGCAGGAGCCAAUAUCUCUGGAGACCUCAAGGAUCCUGCAGUUGCUAUUCCCAAAGGAACUCUACUGGCAAUCUUCUGGACAACAAUAUCCUACCUGGCAGUUUCAGCUACAAUAGGUUCAUGUGUCCUGCGGGAUGCCUCUGGGAACAUUAAUGACACACUGGAAGCUGCAUUAAAUGAGACACUGGUACCUGAGCUGAAUGGCAUAGCGAUCGGCAACGCUACAUCAGACUGUGAAGGACUGGAGUGCAACUAUGGUUGGAAUUUCACUGACUGUCGAACAAAUGAGAACUGUCAGUAUGGACUGAUGAAUUACUAUCAGACUAUGAGUAUGGUGUCUGGUUUCGCUCCUCUCAUCACUGCGGGAAUCUUUGGAGCUACACUUUCCUCAGCUCUGGCCUGCCUUGUUUCUGCCCCCAAAGUGUUCCAGUGUCUUUGUGAGGACAAGCUGUAUCCUGUAAUCGGAUUCUUUGGAAAAGGUUAUGGGAAAAAUAAGGAGCCAAUCAGAGGCUACAUACUUGCUUUCCUCAUUGCAGUUGGGUUCAUUCUGAUUGCGGAACUCAACACCAUUGCUCCAAUCAUCUCCAAUUUCUUCCUGUGCUCCUACGCCCUCAUUAACUUCAGCUGUUUCCAUGCAUCUAUUACCAACUCCCCAGGUUGGCGGCCCUCAUUCCACUAUUACAACAAGUGGAUAGCACUGCUUGGUGCAGGAAUAUCGGUGGUCAUCAUGUUUCUCUUGACUUGGUGGGCGGCUGUCAUUGCUGUGGGCAUCAUUGUCUUCCUUCUGGGUUAUGUGACAUACAAGAAACCAGAUGUGAAUUGGGGUUCAUCGGUACAAGCUGGCUCCUACAACAUGGCUCUGACCUACUCUCUCAGCCUUAGUGGAGUGGAAGACCACGUUAAGAACUUCAGGCCUCAGUGCUUGGUACUAACAGGCCCACCUAACCUGCGUCCAGCUUUGGUCGACUUUGUUGGCACCUUUACCAAGAAAGUAAGCCUGAUGAUCUGCGGAAAUGUUGUAAUGGAAACUAGUAAAAUCACAGCAACAGCAUCUGAAAGCUGGAAGGGGCACACCAAGUGGCUGGAGAAGAGAAAGAUACGUUCCUUUUACACUGAUAUAAGGGCAACAAAUCUGAGAAGAGGAGCAGCUUACCUGAUGCAGGCAUCAGGACUUGGAAAGCUCAAGCCAAACACCAUUGUAAUGGGAUUCAAGAAUGACUGGCAAGAAGAUUCCCUUGAAAACCUGGAGAAUUACGUUGGGGUCAUCCAGGAUGCAUUUGACUGUAAUUUUGCUGUAUGUAUCCUGAGGAUGAAGGAAGGGCUGUACAUUUCCAGAAUGAUGGAGAUUCAUGUGAAUGAAGCCUUCCAGUCUGAUGAAGAUCUCUCAAAAGACAGCUACAAAGAGAGUUCCUCUCGGUGCACUGCAGAUGCUCCAGAAUACCCAGUUGUAGAUGGAGAGAGCAGAAGCAUUUUCCAGUGUAAACAGGCCAAGAAAUACAUAGACAUCUACUGGCUGUGCGAUGAUGGAGGUCUCACCAUUUUGGUUCCAUACCUGCUGUCCCGCAGGAAGAGAUGGGGCAACUGUAAGGUCCGUGUGUUUAUCAGCACAAGCACAGAAAAGAGUGAUCAGGAGAAAGAAGCCAUGAAAUCCUUGCUCAGCAAGUUCCGUCUUCGGUUCAAGGAAAUUGUGGUGCUCACAGACACUGAUCAAAAGCCUCAUCCUGAAAGCAUGAAGGUAUUUGAAGACCUAGUAGCCCCUUACAGACUGAAUGAUGGGAUGAAAGCAGAUAGCACAGUGCAAGAGCUGAAGAGUGAGAACCCCUGGAAGAUUUCUGAUCAGGAGUUGCUAUGGCACAUUAAAAAGUCAGAAAAGCAGGCCAGACUUAAUGAGAUUAUGAAAGAGAACUCCCAGGAUGCUGCCCUCAUUGUAAUGAGCUUACCAGUUGCAAGAAGAGAUGCAUGCCCAAGCACCCUCUACAUGGCCUGGCUUGAGACAUUGUCACAUGGUUUAAAUCCACCUGUGCUACUCAUUCGAGGAAACCAACAGAAUGCCAUCACUUUCUAUUGUCAGUAAAAGUAGGAACCAAUGGUUAUCCAGUUAAAAAGAACUUCACCCACUAAGUAAACUGUUUUAACUUUUUGUUGCGGCAAUCACAACCCAGAGGAAGACAGCAAAGAUCCAGUUCCAUGGAUACAAAUACAUUCUGAUCAGUAUGUGUGUGUUGUUCCCCAUUUCCAGGCAAAUACAGCAAUAAGACUGCCAAUCACAGUCACA